AAUUGCGAUUUUAAACAAUUGUGUUUUUUUCCUUUAAACAAAAUAAAUAAAUAAUGCUGUUCUUUUUAUUUUUGCUUUGAAAAUCAUAAAAUGUAGGUGAGAGUUCGUAUCUAAGACUUAAACUUGCACCGAGUUGUGUAAUAGGCCUAAUAGACUUACGACCAACAAGUAUUGCGUGCUUGCUUCGAAAUGUAAUGUAAGUGUUGGUUUGGGAUUGCAUCAGUCUCUUACAUUGUAACUUCCACGAUAAUAAAAGUUUAAUGUCAGAAGUUGUGUAAUACGACGCCUAGCGUAUAAAGAUUACUCCUCCUCUCUAUUCGUAUAAUCUUUGCUCGUGGUACAUGUCUGCGCUUGUCUUAACAAGGUAAAAAUGAACCACACUAACGCCGGUAAAUUUAACAAUGGGAAAACAUUUCUGUUUACGUCGGAAUCGGUGGGGGAAGGACAUUCCGAUAAAAUGUGUGAUCAGAUCAGUGAUGCUGUUUUGGAUGCAUACUUAGCUUUGGACCCAGACUCCAAAGUUGCCUGUGAAUGCGUGGCAAAGACCGGCAUGGUCUUACUAUGCGGGGAGGUCACGUCAAAGGCGACUGUGGAUCUUCAGAAAGUCGUCCGAGACACCAUCAAGAAGAUCGGCUAUGAUGACUCUUCCAAAGGUUUCGAUUACAAAACCUGCAAUGUGCUGGUGGCUCUGGAGCCCCAAUGCAGUGAAAUUACUGACUGUGUUUUUGAAGGAAAGGAUGAAGAUGAUAUUGGAGCUGGAGAUCAGGGGGUCUUGUUUGGAUAUGCGACUGAUGAAACGGAGGAAUGCAUGCCCUUAACCAUCCUCUUGGCUCACAAACUGAAUGCAAAGUUAAAGGAGCUCUCCCGAAACGGAGUGUGCCCAUGGAUACGGCCAGACUCAAAAUCACAGGUCACUGUGGAGUACCGGAAUAACGACGGUGCCAUGGAGCCAUUGCGAGUUCACACGGUGGUCAUAUCGGUACAGCACGCCCCGGAUGUGACACUGCAAGAGAUCAGAAAGGACCUGAAGGAGAAAGUGAUUAAAACUGUCAUCCCUGAAAAAUACCUUGACGACAGGACCGUGUACCACCUGCUGCCAAGUGGAAAAUUUAUUAUGGGUGGUCCCCAGGGAGACGCAGGACUCACAGGUCGGAAGAUCAUUGUUGACACGUAUGGGGGGUGGGGUGGUCAUGGUGGAGGGGCCUUUUCUGGAAAGGACUUUUCGAAGGUAGACCGCUCGGGGGCCUAUGCAGCUCGGUGGGUGGCCAAGUCCCUGGUGAAGGCUGGUCUCUGCAAGAGAGUUGUCCAGCUGUCUUAUGCAAUUAGUGUGAGCCGCCCGCUCUCGAUCUCAGUCUUUCACUAUGGCACCUCAAGUAAAGAUGAAGACGAGCUCUUGGAAAUUAUACAGAAAAACUUUGAUCUGCGGCCUGGAGUAAUUGUAAGGGAGCUAGGUCUGAAAAGGCCCAUUUACCAAAAGACUGCAUGCUAUGGGCACUUUGGCAGAGAAGAGUUUCCUUGGGAAAAACCAAAAACGUUGGUGUUCAACAAGAACUAAAAAAUAAUAAUAAUCUAGUCAGUUUAAUCCUUCUGGGGGAAAAAAUGUAAUUCUACAAAAUCCAAAACGAUAGUGUCUGUGACAAGUGUGUUUUCUGCGUAGGAGCUGUAUAAUCUGCAAUCUAUAAUUUUAGCGUGCACUCCACUGGCCAUAGAAACCGGUUGAACGCUCUGUUGGUAUGUUUUGGAUUUGUGUCCUGUGUGUCCAAAGUCUUGAAUGUUCUCCUUGUGGGAAGAACCAUCUGGUGACUGAAAGGAGAAGGGCAGAACAAUGGCUGCUGCUGCACAGCAUUGUGUGGGUCACCUGACAUUGCUGGUUGUGAACAAGCUGUAUUGACCAGGAGAGAAGUGCAAAACAUAGUGUAUAUGAAAUAAAUAAAUCACUUUAAUAAAAACAUGGGCCUUAUAAAAUUAAAAUAAAGUAGGCCUAUUUUAAUUACAACUUGGACAUUGUCAACAAAACACCUUGAGUUUUAUAGAGUGUAUCUUGAGGCUAAGUCUGUUCAUGGUUAUUAUCUCAGUCAUAUCUGGAGAAAUCCAUAUGAGAAAUAAUUAAACUAGCACUGUGGUGUUGAGAAAAAUGGCCAAGGUAACUACAGAAGCUAAAAAAAAAAAAAUUACAAAAAAAUACAGAAAAGCAGUUCUUUUUAUUCUGUGUAUCUCAGGGUUUGACGCAUCAUUCAUGGGAAGGACAGCAGAUAGAACAGACUUAGAUUGAGGGCUGAUUUUUAGGCACUCAGUGAGAAUUUGUUUCCAUUUCCAAGACCGCAAAUACAUGAAGUUUCAUUUCUGAACUCUACUGCCAGUAAAAGUGUUCCAUGUAAAAUUGUUUCCAUUAAAGAUUUCAAUAAAGUACAAUGAAAAUUU